GAGAUGCGCAGGCCAGAUGCCAGACUUGGUAAUUGGGUAUGUCAACUGUCUGUCAGGCUUGUCUUACAGAUUUACCAACAAAGCACUGUUUUUUUCUAGCUGCCAAGGUCCUUUUAAAAUCAAAUUAGCUCUUAUUAGCUGACUCACAGUGGGCUUUGUUUGUCCAGUAUUACAGUUCUUGCUCUUUGGUAAUGAGAUGGACAACAUGGGGAACAUAUUUAGUUGUUGCCGCAAGGUGACUGAGAUUAUUAACGCCAAGGGAGUCGGGCGUCAGACUGAGGAGCUGUCUCUGCUGCAAUCCCAGGAAAAUAGCGAUAUAGAAAGUCUGUCUCCUUCAAGAACUUCAGCUGAUCUGCUGGCAUCUCCUGUUCUGGACCAAGAUCAUCUCCUAUUCCCGGAUAUCGUGCUUAGCAGCAACCUUCGGGUCAGGGGGCAAGAACAAGAUGCCAGAAGAGACGAUGGAGUUGAUGAAAGCAAUCUGCGAAAUGGAGGAGAGAAGAAUAGAGAGCUGUUGGGGCCGCCAAGCACAAACAUUUCAGGCACACAUCAAUUAUGCUCUAUAGAGGAUGAAUGGCCCCUUCUGUCAUCCCUAUACAAAAUACCUGCAGCUCAAAACCGAAUAUGCACUCACGGAAGUGGAGCAGACACUUCUCUCCUUGGUCAUGGGACGGGGCUAUUUGCAAAUAGUCAAACUUCACUUUCUGGUCCAGCUAGCAUUCCUUUGCUUGCUGCAUCUUCUCUAGAUGCCUCAAAAAGUGACAUUGACAUCAGUCAGAGAGAAGAUGGUUUGACUCAAACAGAGCAGUACAUCAGACGCGAGGAAUCUGUGAUGCACACAGAGGAGAAACAAGAUGAGAAGCUAUUGAAUGAACAUUGUCCAAACAGUGCAGCACAAACACAUCUGGACGCGAUGAAGAUGCAACAUGCGUAUGGCAUUACAACUGAAGAUCCUUUGCUUCUAAAGACGCGAAGGGAAGCACAAGCCUUGGAACUCGUAGCACAACCGGAUGACCUUGAAGACCAAAAUGCACUGGAAAAACCAGACUCGGAGCAACACGCACAGACUUCUGAGACGCUAGAGAUGGAUAUUACGACAAGAGGGCAUGCUAAUGAGAAAGCUACUACAACUGCAGAGCUUCUACUUUGUGUGGAGAAGAAAAUAUCUCAUGUAGAGCAACCAGGCAUUUCAGAGAUUAGCUUUGGGCUGGUGGAGGAUGAGUUAGGGGAGAUGGAGCAAAGCCUGUCCCAGGAUUUGAUUUGGAAAAAGACAGAAGUAGAACAGAUGCAGUGGGACCUGGAAGUGCUAAAGCAGAGCACGGGGUUAUCACUGCAGGACUCUGAGCAGAAAACACUCGCUGUGACACAGGUAGAACAAAAAGAGGAUCAGGCUGAACGCUUCACGCUUUUUGUGGUUGAUAAACUGUUUCUGGCCACUCCGAACUUUAAAGCACCCAGCCCUGACACCAUAACCGGUGAGCAUGUGCCAGACACCCCAGCAGACAGUAUGACAGAACAGGUUAAGGACGACUGCAAAAAACAAGAGCUUCCUGCUGUUCCUGACAUGGACCCAUCUGAGGAUGCAGGAUUCACAGUGAAGAUCCAAGCUCCAGGAACAGAACCCACUGACUUCCAGGUGUCACCUUUAGCGAUGGUGCAAGAAAUUAAGCAAGUGUUGAUGGACCGGGAGGAGACCUGUCGGCGUACCUGCUUCUCCCUGCAGCUGAAUGGAGUCACUCUUGACAACUUUACCCACCUUACAUCCAUUCCAGGCCUUCAGGAGGGCUCCGUUCUGAGGGUUGUCGAGGAGCCAUACAAUGUUCGAGAAGUGCGUAUCCAUUUACGCCACAUCAGAGACCUUUUAAAGAGCCUAGACCUUACUGAUGGCUACAAUGGAGUGGAGGGCAGCUCACCGUCAUUUCUCAGCUGUGUCACAGAAGAUCGUAUGGAAGAGAGCAGCAAACCUAAGCGAAUAGGUGACGGGUUGAAACGCAUCAGCUUCAGUCCUCCAAAUCACAUUCUUCCAGGCUCUAAGGAGUGUCUGCUGGUACCUCUGCAACCUCAUGCAGAUUUUGGGAAGUCCUUAGAGUGCUUGAAGGUUCUGUCCAUGAGUAGCUGGAAUCCUCCUCCUGGAAACAGAAAGAUGCAUGGAGACCUCAUGUAUCUCAAUGUGGUGACCAUGGAAGACAGACACUUCAGUAUAACAGCAUCAACUCGUGGGUUCUACGUAAAUCAAUCCACGACUUACAGCUUUAAUCCAAAGCCAGCCAAUCCUAGUGCCCUCAGUCAUGCUCUGCUGGAUCUCCUGGGUCAUAUCAGUCCAGUUUUUAAGAAGAACUUCAGUGCCUUGCUGAAAAGGAGAGGGUCCACACACCCCUUUGAAAGGAUUGCCACACCGUUCCAGGUGUUUAGCUGGACAGCUCCAGCUCUUGACCAUACAAUGGACUGUGUUCGAGCGGAGGAUGUCAUCUCCUUCCGCCUGGGUUAUGAAGAACAUGUGCCUGUUCAGGCCCGGGACUGGAAUGAAGAACUUCAGGCCACAAGAGAGCUUCCGAGAAAAAACGUGACUGAUCGUCUGAUGAGGGACAGAGCGGUUUUUAAGGCUAACAGUGAUUUUGUCAGCAUUGCCACUCGAGGAGCCAUGGCAGUGGUAGAUGGUAACGUGAUGCCCAUCAACCCUAGUGAAGAACCACGACAGCAGAUGUUCAUCUGGAACAAUAUUUUCUUCAGUUUAGGCUUUGAUGUGCAGGACCAAUACAGAGAUCUGGGAGGGGAGGCUGCGGCCCAUGCCGCCCCAGUUCUUGACCUGAACGGUGUGAGGGCUUAUUGGGCAGUGGAUCAAGAAGAACUCUACCUGAUUGGCACUGUAGUGAUCGAUUACCGCGGCUACCGCGUCACUGCCCAAACUAUCGUGCCGGGAAUUCUUGACCGUGACCAAGCACAGAGUGUUGUCUAUGGCUCCACUGACUUUGGCAAGACCGUUGUGUCCGAUGACAGGUAUCUGGAGCUGCUUGACAAACCCAGUAAGAAGCUGCGAGUGCAGCGCCACCUAGUGCUAAACAAAGAUGAUACAGCAGUAGAGUUGUGCUCCUCGGUGGAGCACAAGGGCAUUGUGGGUAAUGAUGGUCGGCACUACAUACUGGAUUUACUUUUUACCUUCCCACCCGACCUCAACUUUCUUCCUGUGGAAGGAGAGGAUUUAAGUCCUGUGUGUAAACAACUGGGCUUCCCAAGGCUACAUCCUCAUCGUCUAGUCUGCCUGAGACAGGAACUCACUGACGCCUUUGUGGAGCACCGAUACCAGAUGUUAAUGGAAACUGUCUCUCAAAGUACUGAGCAUGACAGAGAAAUCAAAGAUGUUGGCAAAUCUGCACUAAAGAGUGAUCCAACUACCACGCCUCAGCUAUCCUCAACUUCGGUCACACUCCCAGACCAGGAUUCAGAGCACCUUUCCCUAAAAACUGUGCCUGUGAAUAACACCCAGCAGGGUUCUUCAAUAAAGCAUAUCUUCUCCUCCCUCAGGAAAACUUUUGACAUACAUUUCAACCCCAACAUCUUCUGUGCAGGUGUUCGUUUCCCCAAGGAAAGUGCAGAAGAUAUCCAGAAACAGAAACAGCAGUUAAAGGAUGCUGCAGUCUUCCUCAUUUCCAAUCAAAUCCCUGCAUUUAUGAAGAGUUGCCUUGAUCACACAUCAAUGCCAAUAGACGGCGUCACACUAACUGAGGCUCUGCAUCGGCACGGCAUCAACAUCCGCUACCUGGGCGCUGUGCUGGAGAAUAUUCAGAAGAUACCCCAGAAAGAAAGGCUUGAUCAUGUCUAUAGAAUUGCACUCUGUGAGCUGAUCACCAGAUGUGCAAAACACCUGUUUAAGACAUAUCUUUUGGCAGUGGAACCAUCUGCCCUGUCUGCCUCCGUCAGCCAUUUCCUCAACUGCUUCCUGAGCUCUUUUGCCGAUGCCGGAGUCAUUCAGCAAAACGACAAGUUAGCUUCUAGACGCAGGAGUCGGAAAAGGCGGAGUCGUGCAUCUGUGGGCGGCACCGUGACUGUCUGGGCCAACCUCACUCCCAGUGACCUUUGGGUGGCCAUCAAAACUGAGGCCCAGGAUUACUACCAUUACAGCCUGCCCUGUGGAAGUGUGGAGGAGGCCGUGGACAAAUGCAGGCUGCAGAGAAACACCCUGCUCAGAGAGAUCGCCAUCAAAACUGGCAUUCAGAUUCUUUUAAGAGAGUAUCACUUUGAUUCUGAGCACAGAACUGUGUUCACUGAAGAGGACAUCCUUAACAUUUUCCCCGUAGUAAAGCACAUCAGUCCCAGGGCCAACGAUGCUCUUUAUCUCUUGCGUUGUGGUCAGUCUCAGGUCCAGAAAGGCUGUCUGAAAGAGGGCUGUGAGUUAAUAAGCCAGGCUCUGGGUCUCUUCACUAAUGUCUACGGGGCUCUGCAUCAGGACGUCUGCGUAUGUCUGAGGCUAUUGGGACGCAUACACUACAUCCUCGGAGACUAUGCUGAGGCCCUUAGUCACCAGCAGAGGGCUGUGCUGAUCAGUGAAAGAGUCCUGGGAAUUGAGCAUCCCAACACUAUACAGGAAUAUAAGCACCUUGGUCUUUAUUGCUUUGCUGGAGGGCAGCCAGUGACAGCUCUGCGAUUAUUAUACCGUGCCCGAUACCUGAUGCUCCUGGUGUGUGGAGAAGACCAUCCUGAGAUGACUUUACUGGAUAGUAAAAUAGGCCUUGUGCUUCAUAGUAUGAUGGCCUGUGAUCUUGCCCUGAAGUUCCUGGAGAACGCCCUUGCCCUGACCUCCAAAUAUCAGGGACCCUCAUCUCUCAAACUGGCACAAAGUCAUCACUUAUUGGCAAAGGUGCAUGAAAGCAAAGGAGAUUUCCGUGCUGCACUGAGGCAUGAAAAGGAGCGUUACGGCAUAUACAGGAAGCAGGUGGGAGAAGCACAUGAGAAGACCCAAGAGAGUUCAGAGUACCUAAAGCAUCUGACACAUCAGGCAGUGAUUCUACAGAAAACUAUGAACUGGAUCUACAAGACUGGAUCAGACACCAAUAUUUCCCGCCUCAAUCUGAACUCUCCAAGUCGUGUCUGGAUAGUGGAGCAGCUAAAUCUUGUCACUGGGAUUGUCCUUAUUCCUCUUAGUGACAGUGACCUUGAGAAACUCAGGACUGACGCUCAGAAAACAUGUCAGCCCGCACAAAAUCAUGUUGAGUCAACGGAGGAUCUGCAGGAGCCCGACACACUGCAAGCUGUUACUCAAGACGACUAACGCCUUUAAAUGAAGUAAACGGACAGAUGAGCUAUUAAAUGAAGAAUGAUCUAGUUUAGCUUUAAACAUAUUAAUAGGAAAUUAAAAAAGAAAAAGUGUAAAUGAGCUCUCACACUCAUGACCACACAGUGGAUGAUCUUGCAAGAAAAUAUAGCACUCCCUUUAAAAAGCAUGAGUGUAUCUGGCUGUUGAUUGUAACUGCAAAUUUGCACAUUUGUAAACAGGCCUGUCUGGUCAUUUAUAUCUUCCUUUGUAUGUUGAUGUGUGCUGAUUGCACUGUAUGUAUACAAAACUAGUAAAGAGGGCUAAUGCAUGCACUACAUACUUGA